AUGAGUCAAUAUCAGUCCUUUCGUGAUUAUAUCCCCCCGAGUGACAACCCAAGGAGUGUGCAACUCACAAAUUCCGACACAUAUCAGUGGGCAGCCCACCGUUGCGCCGAGCCGUUCAUGAUUGGCUGGAUGCAAAAGUGGAAAGUUCUUUACGAUGAGCCAUAUCAGGGAAUUUCGUCCAAUGGCAAAGUCAACCAAGAAGUUCAUCAACUUGCGAAUGAAGACACGGAUCUUGGAGCACCUGCUAGGGAAAUGUGCAUUGCAGCGAAACAUCUCCUCUCAAAGCUCUCCAAAUCAGACAGGGAAAGAAUGAGCUAUCCAAUUGAUGCGCCGGAAUGGCGAUCUUGGAGCAACCCCGAAAUAUACGUUUUUCACCACGGGCUACGCUUGGAGGAAGUCAAGACCGAGAUAGUACAGGCAAUAUAUGGCCUGCUCCAGGCAAGUCUGUCACCAUCUGGUUAUGAAAAAGUACGCGGUUGCAUGAAGAUCAACGGCUUUCUCGGUAAAGUGGUCCGUGGGGAGAAUGUUCUGAACGAGCUCUCCUACAAUUUUGCCAUCUUCGGUACCCCUUCGUCCAAAGAGCCUUGGGGAUGGCAGCUAUAUGGGCACCACCUCUGUUUGAACUGCCUGGUGAUUGGGAAACAGAUGGUUUUCACUCCAAUAUUCAUGGGCGCUGAACCAAACAUCAUCGAUGAGGGCCCUGGCAAAGGAACGGAGCUAUUUGUCCAACAGGAGAAAGCCGGCCUGCGCCUCAUAUCUUCGAUGGAUGAAGCGACGCGCGCUGUCGUCCAGGUCUCGGCCGACAUUUACUGUGCCAACCUUCCAACUUGGAGGUAUCAUCGUGCCGAUCAGCGACAUCUCGGGGGCGCAUUUCAAGAUAACCGGAUUAUUCCUUACGAAGGUUGCUUGGUUUCCAAAUUUCAGGCUUGGGAGCAGAAACAAGUCCGCAAUAUCCUAGAAUUGAGUUUGGAUUAUCUACCAGAGGGCGCUUUACAAGCCCGCAUGUCUGAGAUCGAUGAAUAUUGGAACGAGACUUAUUUUGCUUGGAUUGGUCAAUUCGGUGAACAUGACGCUUUUUACUAUAGCAUUCAUUCACCGGUGAUACUUUUUGAGUUUGAUCAUCACAGUGGUGUUUUUCUGUCCAACAAGGAGCCUCGAAAGUUCCAUAUUCACACACUUGUGAGGACACCUAAUGGGAAUGAUUACGGAAAGGAAUUGAUCCAGCAACACAAGGGCAGGAAUAAGGACUGUGCAGAUCGAACAUAG